GUGGACAUGCCUCCAUAUUUUCGUGACAGUGAAUGGUGCGGAAUUGUUGUGUGCUUCCGUAUGUCAGGUUACGGUGAUGGUUUUUGGGACGUUGGUUGGAGUGGUAAAGCUGCAGAAGGUGAUGAUGAUUAUAUACUCGAAGAGUGGGAGUGUGAUAUUCCUUUCUCCUUUUCCGAAAAGCAGUGCAUAAUAAUGGUGUUGGAAUUAAAUGAGGAAACAUGUUGGUGGCACCUAAGAGCUCAUCAUAGCAAUUCCCUUCGCAUUCUAUUUUCUGCUUACGCUGAAGGUUGGGAUUGCGAUUGGGAAGUAAAGGAAUGUGGGUGGAGAGUGAUUUGUAAAGAAGAGAUACAAGAUUGGUGCCAGCUUGCUUCUUCUGAUGAGGUCAAGCUUCCGCUGAGAGCACUUGUAGACUUCUUUUUGGGGGAGGAGCAUUUGACUGGCUGAUUCAAGAACCAGAGAAAAAUGGACGAGAAUAGGUAACAAUGACUCAUCGUCUUCCUACUCCUUCCGUUCUAAUAUAAUAGUUGUCACUCCAGAUAUUUGUCUUUGUUUCAAAAAUUUUUGCCAUUUGAUGAGGUUUUCAGA